AUUAUAGCUUCCCUCUUUUCUUGUUAGAUUGUUGAACGCGUUUCUUCUUCUGAGUCUCUCUCUUCUCCUUAACCCCCAUGUUACUCCUAAAAUCCUCUUUCUGCAUGUUCAUUUUUUCUGUGUAAUCUCUGCUUCAACUUUUAAGUAAUUUGGUGUACAGCUCAAAGAUCUGUUCUCUACAUUUCUACUGGUUUAAGACUGAAGUUUGGUACAUCUUUUGGACUGCUGUAGCUUAUCGGGAUUAUAACAAAUUCAAAUUUAAACAGAGUUUUUGAUGUUCAAGUGAUUGAUGAUGAGAAAUAAGUUGUGGGUAUUAGAUGGAAGGAAGAUUAAAUUGUCCAUUUUACUCUCCUUUCAAUUGUUCCUGUUUUUUGUUAUACACCUACUUCUACCUUGUUCAUCCCUAAAUUCUGAAGGGAUGGCUUUAUUGAAGUUCAAAGAAAUGGUGGUACAAGAUCCCUUCAAUGCCCUAUCAAAUUGGAAUGUUGAAGAUGGUAUUUUAGAUCAUUGUUUAUGGUUUGGAGUUCAUUGCUCUGAUGGCAAUGUUGUUGUGCUGAACUUGAAAGAUUUGUGUCUUGGAGGGAUUCUAGCACCUGAACUUGGGCAACUAUCUCAUUUAAAAUCAAUCAUAUUGCGAAACAAUUCCUUUAAUGGCUUCAUUCCAAGGGACAUAGCCGACCUCAAAGCAUUGGAAGUGCUAGACUUGGGUUACAACAAUUUUAGCGGAGCACUCCCUUAUAACCUUGGGAAUAACUUCUCGCUGUCGAUUCUUCUAUUGGAUAAUAAUGAGCACCUUGAUAGCUUGUCUCCGGAGCUUAAGCAACUUCAAAUGCUAUCUGAACAUCAAAUGGAUGAGAAUGAACUGCGUGGUGUUGAUGCUGAGGCAAGAUGUCACAGUAAAUCUCUUCCUCGGUAUGCUAGCCAGCCCGAUAAGUUCGUUGGUAGGAGUUUGCUGCAGAGUUUCCCAAAUCCAUUUAGAUUCCUCCAAAGUAGGGGAGGAAACAGAAAAAAGGGAUCGAAUCGAGCAAAAGCUAGUUCACCGCCACAUGCACCAGCGCCAUCUCCAUCUCAUUUUCGCAUCCGUUCAUCUCCAUCGCCUUCUCCUUUCUCAUUACUGUCUCCGUCUCCAUCUCCUUCAUCAUCAUUUUAUGCACCUGCUCCUUCUGUGACUCCAGAUUCCCCUUUUCCCUUAACAAAACCGCCUGUCGUUUCCGAGUCUCCAGCAGCUCAGGCUGCUCGGAUUCCAUCAGCACCUUCUCCUUUAACUAGAAACGCCAGCCGCAACCAUCAUAAGGCUAUUAUUGGGGCCGUAUUUGGUGGAGCGUCUGCUUUUAUUAUUUCAGUUGUCGCUUUUAUCUUCUUCAGAUGUAGUAAGGUGGGUACUGUGAAACCUUGGGCCACCGGGCUAAGUGGACAACUUCAAAGAGCAUUUGUCUCAGGUGUACCAAAGCUUAAGAGAGCAGAACUUGAAUCAGCUUGUGAAGAUUUCAGUAACAUAAUUGGCUCGUUAAACGAUGGAACUGUUUACAAAGGUACUCUUUCUAGUGGAAUUGAGAUAGCUGUUGUUGAAAGUUCAGUGACGUCUUCCAAGGAAUGGUCGAGAAACCUGGAAUCGCAAUUUAGGAAAAAGAUUGAAACUUUGUCGAAAGUGAACCACAAGAAUUUUGUGAAUCUUAUCGGAUAUUGUGAAGAGAAUAAGCCGUUUACUAGAAUGAUGGUUUUUGAAUAUGCACCAAACGGAACUCUCUUCGAACAUCUUCACAUAAAAGAAGCUGAACGCUUGGACUGGAGAAUGCGCUUACGUGUAGUCAUGGGUAUGGCAUACUGUCUUGAACAUAUGCACCAGCUGAAACCAUCCAUACCUCACCGAGACUUGCAGUCUUCAUCCAUAUAUCUUGCUGAAGAUUAUGCAGCCAAAAUUUCGGAUUUCAGUUUCUGGACUCAAGGAACUGGCUCUAAAGAUCGAUCAAAGAUGAGAUCGCCUUCCAAGCAUCUAUUGGAGGCAACACUAACCGAUAUAGAGAGCAAUGUGUACAAUUUCGGGCUUGUUUUGUUAGAGAUAAUUACCGGCAGGAUGCCGCACACAGAGGAUAAUUGUAUAGCUGACUGGGUCAAUGAGUGCCUGGACAACGAUUUCUUACCACAAGAUAUGAUAGAUCCAACAUUGAGUUCAUACGGAAUUGACGAGCUUCAAAGAAUCUUUCACAUCGUAAAAGAUUGUGCUCAUCCUGAUCCACAAGUAAGACCGACUUUGAAAAACAUCGCUGCCCGUUUAAGAGAGAUAACAGGGAUGGGGCCAGAUGGGGCAAUCCCGAAGAUAUCUCCUCUUUGGUGGGCGGAGCUCGAAGUCAUGUCCAUGGAUGGAAACUAAUAUAAGUAUAUAAGGUUAGAGUGAAGUUAUCUUGUGCAUGGUUAUGGCUUUUAUUUCAAGGCCAUAUUCAUAGUGUAGAUGAGAUUAUACAGUAUAAAAGCCUAGUCUCAAACAGAUCUUUGAGAACAGGAAUUACUGUUGAGUAAAUUUUAGAGGUUUGAUCAAAGGUGUGAGAUUUUGUAUAUAAGUGAGAUAAAGAGGUUUUUUGUUGUUGGCUAUUUAGCCAUAUCUCGUAGCCUGUUGCGGGAAAAUGUGUUCUUUUAUCUAAUAAAAGCAUAUUGUUUGA